AUGAACUGGGUUGCAUGGGAUAAAACAAUUGCUCCUGUUGAAUUUGGGGGACUUAGUUUUGGCUCUCUUAGGGACGCUAAUUUAGCAAUGUUAGCAAAAUGGUGGUGGAGGUUUAAAACAGAAAAAGAAGGCUUAUGGAGGAAAGUUAUUUGGGCUAUUCAUCAUAAUCCAAGAGCAUGGAGCGAUAUCCCCGUUAAAAUUUCGGUUCCAGGUCCUUGGAAGAGUAUAAUUAGCAUUCGGCAGGUCUUUGUUCUCGCUGAUAUCGAUUUGAACCGGGCUGUGAAAGCUUCAGUUUCUAAUGGUAACCAUAUCUCUUUUUGGCUGGAUUGCUGGUUGGAACCGGACCCUCUGUAUAUUUGUUUCCUAGAAUUAUUUAAGUUGGAAAAACAAUGUGUGGUGGCUGAUGAGGUUGUUACUGGAAGUUUUGGAAGUAGUUUUCAACUUAAUUGGAACUGGUCUUGCUCACAAUUUAAUGUCGUAGAGUCGGAUCAGUUACAACAGUUGAUAUCCCUUCUCGACUGUGUUAAUCUCCAGGUUGGACGCGAUUACUGGUGCUGGAAUUAUGACCCAUCAGGCUGUUUCUCAGUCUCGGGUCUGAAAAGUCUCCUCGGUUCAGCGAAUAGGGAGCGGCCUAACAGAGUGUUUGAGUGGAAUAAUUGGGUUCCUAAAAAGGUGGCUAUCAUGGCAUGGAGAUCAGAAAUGGAAAAGUUACCGACCAAGUGUGCCCUUUCGGCUCGCAACAUUCCUGUACAAGACCUGAGGUGUUUAUUAUGUAAUGAAUAUGAUGAGUCAAGUGAGCAUUUAUUUGUUUCAUGCCAUUUUACGCAAAUAAUUUGGCAAAAUAUCGCAUCUUGGGGAAUAUGGAGAAUGAGGAAUGAGGUUAUAUUCAGGCAAGGAUCCCCGAAUACCGUUAAGGUCUUGGAAGAAAUUAAAGCAAUGGCGUACUUAUGGGUAAAAAACAGAUCAAAGGAAGCACAGUUUUCAUGGGAUGAUUGGUGUCGCUUUAGAUGUUUUGGUUAA